AUGUCAGAUUUGAGAUUGGGUCCAGUUGAAGUACACAAUAUCAAGACCUCUUGGUCAAGAACUGACCAAGAUGAUUUUUUCAACAGAUUGUAUCCAAAUUUGUUUGAUCAAAAUAGAUCCUUGCGUCAAAUUUUCCAUAAUGACGAAUUGGUGAUUCACGAGCAUUCAAAUAUAUUUGCUGAUUUGUUUAGCUUUAUUAUUGACAAUAUUGAAGAUGGUGCUUUGUUGGAUGAAUUUUUGUAUCAAUUUGUCAAGGAGAAUCAAAGGUUUGCUGAGACUGCCGUCAAGUACUUGGAACCAAUGGGUAACACAUUGAUAACGACAUUCAAGCAAGUGUUGAAUACUCAUUGGACGAGUGUUUUGGAAUUAGUUUGGAUCAAGGUUUAUGUCUUUGUUGCUAAUUCAAUCUUGCAAUUGGUGGAUGAUAUUUCAAGUGAAACUAGCUCCAUUAACGAGGCUGAUAUUCCACCAUUGAAUAUUCAAAGAAACUUGUCAAGAACCACUUCACGUGAUCAAAGUAUUGUUGGUGUUGCAGCACCUGGUGUUGAAUCACCAGUAUUAAUGGAUUCUGCUCCUACCCCACAAACUCCAUCUACUCCAGUAAUGGAUUUUGACGUGAAGCCAGGUAAGGCUAAGGAGACGUCCAUCUUGAAUAAACACAAUUCGAUUGAAAUUGAUUUGAAGACUAAUGAAAAAUAUAAAGGUUUCAGAAGAUCGGUUGAUGUUGCUCUGUCACCAAUUCAAGUUGCAAUCCCAACUGCUGACACUUUUCAAAAAGUUCACCAUACAAACUUCUCAUCUUCAUUGAAGUCCUUUUUGCCAACUCCAUUGGAGGAAGAUGAAGGAACUUUUGCAGCACCAAGACCUGCAUUUGAUCCUAGGAGGAGAAGAGGUUCAUCAAUGUCGCCCUCACCAUCAUCUCCAUCAACACCACGUUUAUCUUCAAUUGUCAACAGCUCCAGGUUUACCAAUGAUGAAGAUGACCAAGCUGCUGAGUCUGACGUUGAUGACUUUGCCACUCCAAGAGCAAGUAGAAGGGGUUCAUUUUCAGAAAACUACCAACCAUCGCCUUCAUUGCUCAACAAGUUGAAGGUUAAGGAGCAAGUGUAUCCAGAACCACAAUUUGAUGCUGAUGACGAUGUUCUGUCGGAAGAUUCCAUCGAUGAUGCUCCAUUUGAUCCAAGACAAAGAAGAAGGGCCGGAAGUGACAAGAAGGCUGAUGAAAUUCCGUCACCUGAAUCGUCAGAAGUUGAUGAACAAGAAGAAGAAGCUUUUAUUUACAAGCAACACAAGGAUGUUUCAAACUCAAUUCCUGAAAGAUCGUUGAGCAGAGGUGGUUUGACCGGUGGUACUUUUGAUUAUCAAUCAUUUGGAUUGAAAGGAUUGGCACCGAUUGUGGAAGAUGAUGACCGUUCAUCCAAAUAUGAUUCUGAUGAUGAGAAAAUGAUGAAUACGAGAAAAUCAAGUUCUGGAUCGAGUUGUGGAGAAUCAGAUUCUAGAGCAAGUUCGUUGUCGUUGCACCACUCCGAUUACAAAUCGUCGAUUUCUUCGGGUGUCGAUUCAUACAAUAAUGUCAAGGGCGCAGGUGUUCACACUAGAACUGCCUCUGUUGAGUCUGAUGAUUUCCAAUUUUUUACUCCAGCUACAAAUACAAAAGUGCAUCAUCAAUCGCAGACUUCGCAAGCUGCACAACGUGGACACAAGAGAGAAUCAUCAAUGUACUCGCUCAGCAAAAGUUGCUCAGCAUCUGCUGCAUCAAUCACUUCAACUUCAAGAGCCUCAUUAGGGUUUAUGAGAUCAUCAUUUGUGUUGAAGAAGGAAGUUGAACAGCAGGGUUACAAUUAUCCUGAAAAUGUUGGUCCUAUUUCAUUGCCAUCUACACCAAGAAUCAAUAAUCCACCAACCAUGAGCAAUACUUUGAAAUCGCAACAACAGUCGUUGUAUGUGCACAAGGCUAGAUCAGCAAGCUCACUCAAGAUGGGAAGUAAGAAUGAUAGCAUGCAAAGCUUUGUUUCUGCCAAUGACAACUCCUAUGAUAUGAUCAAUGCUUUUGUCACCAACUUGGAAUCAGGCAACCAAUCAACAACAACCGUUAAUACAAAGUCAAUUGCACCUGCAAAGAAGACUGGGUUUUUCGGUAGAGUUACAUCAUUGUUUUCAAGCAAGUCCACCAACCCAACACCAAAAGCUACCCCUAAAUCCACACCAGCACCUUCAAGAAAACAAUCUGUUGCCACACUUCCCAAAUCAGUACCAUAUGGUGAUCUUGCCAACAAACCACUUCCCAGUGUGUCAGCUCACUCAACCAUGAUGGCCAAAACUGAUUCUGGUUACUCAACAUCGACAACAGGAGCACCUUCAACGACUAGAAAGUCAUCAUCAUUGUUUACACCAUAUUCCAAGCCAUCUGUUAGUGCCAGCUCGACAAACUUGUCAUCAGUUGCAAGUACCAGUGCAUCAUUGUUUGCUCCUCAAACCAACAACUCCAGUCACUACAACAAGCAUGGUGCUUCAAACCACGAUUUGACUUCGGUUUAUUCUAAUGGAACUUCAGGUACUAGAAUCACAAUGUUUAGAAGAAAAGACCAUGGUGAACCAAAAUACGUUCCUCCACCAACUAAACAUACAAGAAAAGGUAACAAGUACAAUGUUAAGAAGGUGCCUUACAACGUCUUUGCUUAA